ACCAGUCUUUCCGGCCUGGGCUUUUUCCGGUCUCUUGGAUGCUGACGUUCCCUUCCGGUCUAGGUGGCCCCUGAAAGGCGUUUGGGAUGUGCACGAUGAGGCUGCUGGCAUUUGCGGCGUUGGCUCUGCUUGCUGUCACGCAGGCGGAGGAAGGAGCCAGGCUUUUGGCCUCAAAGUCACUAUUGAACAGAUAUGCCGUGGAGGGGCGAGACCUGACCUUACAGUACAACAUCUACAAUGUUGGCUCAAGUGCCGCAUUAGAUGUAGAAUUAUCUGAUGAUUCCUUCCCUCCUGAAGACUUUGGCAUCGUUUCUGGAAUGCUCAAUGUCAAAUGGGACCGGAUCGCCCCCGCUAGCAAUGUCUCGCACACUGUGGUCCUGCGCCCUCUCAAGGCUGGUUAUUUCAACUUCACCUCCGCGACGAUUACUUACCUGGCCCAGGAGGAUGGGCCCGUUGUGAUUGGCUCGACCAGUGCACCUGGACAGGGAGGCAUCCUGGCUCAGCGGGAGUUUGAUAGGAGAUUCUCCCCCCAUUUUCUGGACUGGGCAGCCUUCGGGGUCAUGACCCUCCCUUCCAUCGGCAUCCCCCUGCUCCUGUGGUACUCCAGCAAGAGGAAAUACGACACGCCCAAGACCAAGAAGAACUGAGAGGGCCUCCCACGGCCCUCCUCUCCCAAGAAAUCAGGUGCUUUCCAGAUUCCAGAGGGUAUCUCAGUGUGAUCUCCUCCCUCGGCCCUCGGCCACCUUCCCCUAGGGUUGCCCUUCUCUCAAGCAGAGUGUGAAGGACGCUGCUGUGGAGUCUCCGAGUCUCCUUGGUGCCAUCGUGAAGCCAUACUAACAGGAUGCCUUCUGUGACAGCCCAGAGGGCCUCUGGUGGCCCGCCGAGGUGCUGUUGGUGUAUUGCCGGCAAUGUGAACUCUCAGGGGUCCAGGAGGGCACUUUGGAGACCACCUGACACCACCCGUCCCUGCCCUCCCUCUCAGAAGAGGGUGGAAGAUGCCAUGAAGGCUGUGGGACUCCUGGAGGAUGCCAGUCUCUGUUCUGGGCCAGGGAAGCGCUUACAAAUGGGGUUUUCUAAUAAAAACAAAUGCCACACCGA